GGGUACGACACGCAAACAGUCAUUCUGCACGUGAACGUAAUCGUGUGCGGUGGUUAAUACUUUGUUCAAGUCGACAAAAUAUACAUCGUUAGAACACAUACUAUAAUAUAGCUAAUUAGUAAACAAUAUAAAUAUAUUACAAAAAACAAAGGUGCGUUAGUGAUAAUAAAUAGCAACAAUGAUUAUGCGUAUAGUGAUAACGAUCACAGCAGUGUGUCUCGCGAUUUCGAGUUUAGCUACAGCGACAGCGGAAGCGGAAGCUAGCCAACAACAGUCAGCGGAGGUAUCGGAAACAAACGUACAAAAUGUUGUCCCGGACGAAGCAGGGAUUAACGUGACUGCCAUUGCCGCCAGACUCAUCAACGACUACGUGACGCCCACAGUAUGCUCGUACUCGCCAGAAUUUUGUGCCAAGCACCAACUACAGAGCAGAGGAAUCCAAAGCUAUUUGGCUACCGCUGGUACAUUAUUGGCAGGAGUGUUGGGUGUCAUAAUGACUAAAAUUACAGUUCUAAUUGCGUUAUCGCUACUUUCCACAGUCAUAGGAAAAUUGCUGUUAGUCUACGCUUUAUUCAAGUCCGGCCCACACCACCACUACCCCAACUACAAGUCAGCCCACCACCACGCACAACCGUUCGUCAAGUACACCAAGGACAAGUACUACAUCAAGAACACGCCAUCAGUUCACAGUCACGAUGAGGUCGUGGACUUACCCUCUGGGCAUUCCUCCCCUUAUCAUGCUUAUUCACCGUCCAUUUUGGAUUCUUCUGUCCAUGAUCAUAAAUUAAAAGGGGUUUCUUACUACUAAUGCAUCACCACUAUGAUCAAACACCGGUCAAAUUUAUAGCCAUUAAAUCGAGCUCAUUGGCACCAUUUAAUUUAUAACUUCACAAUACCGUUUUUCCUAUAUAUAUAUAUACAUAUAUUUGUGAUAAUGCACCGGUUUUCAUCCCUUAAAGCGUUCAAAGAACGAUGAGAACGAGAACGGAGUCACAAAUGUUGAAACCCUUGAUAUUCUGAAUAAUUAGCUUACUUGUCAUCAAUCAUCAGAUUUAAGACUAGUAAAGCUUACCUAUGCGUCGAUGAAACGCCCGCGAUCUUUACACGUAUUUAUUUUUGUUUGUUUUAACAAAUUUUAAAUGCUGUAUAUAUUAUUAUAAUAUAAAUUGUCGUCAAAACAAUGAUAUUGUUCUUUGUUUUAAAGACUUAUUGAUAAAUUAUUGGCCAAUAUUAUUAUUAUUAUUAUUAUUAUUUAUUGUUAAACUUGUAUUUAUUUAAUUAUAUGAUUUCUAUUGAUUUGUAAAAAUUACAUUUAUCUGAAUAAAAAUAUUGUAUUCAUGUUUUUUU